GAAUGAAGCGCCGCAGAGACGUGCGGCACGAGGCAGCAGGAAGCUGUGCGGAGCCGCAGCAACGAGCGACCGCACCAGUGGCAGCAACGCAAAGCGACACGACCACCGGGGGGCCUGUGGUGGUCGGAACCCGGAUUUUCUGUGGACCAGAGGCGGCGCGCUCUCUCCCGGAGAGUGAAUGAGGUUGAUGCUGCUCUGCUGCACCUGGAAGGACGAACGUAUGGGAGAGGAGGAAGCUGGUGGAAGUUUGCCUGUUUGUGCUGGAUGCAAACAGAGGAUCUACGAUGAGCAGUACCUCCAGGCCCUCAACACUGACUGGCACACCCUCUGUUUCAGGUGUUGCGAGUGCAGUACCUCGUUGUCCCACUGGUACUAUGAAAAGGAUGGUCGGCUCUUUUGCAAGAAAGACUACUGGUCCAAGUUUGGGGAGCUGUGUCACGGAUGCAACGACCCAAUCACCACCGGUCUCAUCAUGGUCGCAGGGGAACAAAAGUAUCACCCAGAAUGCUUCACCUGUCUGAACUGCAGGACGUUCAUUGGUGAUGGAGACACGUACGCUCUGGUGGAGAGAUCCAAACUCUACUGUGGUCACUGUUACUACCAGACCAUCGUAACCCCGGUGUCACUGCCGGAUUCGCCAUGCUCACGGAUUCCUCACACAGUCACGUUGGUGUCCAUCCCAGCAUCUGCGGAGGUAAACAAUGGACGCAGGGGGCGGGGGUUCUCCGUGGCCAUUGACCAGCCCCUCAGUCCCGCUAACGGCUACAGUCCUGAACACGGGCGCACUGUCAGAGUCUCCCAGGUGGACGCAGACUGCAUCAGUCCCGAUGUGAAAAAUUCAAUUCAUGUUGGCGAUAGGAUCCUGGAAAUCAACGGCACACCCAUUCACAAUGUUCCUCUGGAUGAGAUUGACCUGCUGAUCCAGGAAACAAGUCGUCUGCUCCAGCUCACGAUUGAACACGACCCCCACAGUCAUGGACAGGAGGGAGGCUCCUCAGAGGCAGAAGAGCAAGUGGACGGCCCCCUGACCACACCACAGUCAGAGGGUCCCAGUCCCAUCCUGCCCAUCACUCAACCCCCUGACAUCAACAGCCUGCGAUCCCGCAUCAUCACCAGGAGCUGCAGCAUUGACAAGUCUCCAUGCUCGAGCAAUGCAGCGUCUCCCAUCUCCCAGAGGAAGGACAUUAAUCGCUCUGAGUCACUCCGCGUUGUCUCAAAUCGUACGCACCGCAUCUUUCGACCGUCGGAUCUCAUCCACGGAGAAGUGCUGGGGAAGGGCUGUUUCGGCCAGGCCAUCAAGGUGACUCACAGGGAAACGGGGGAGGUGAUGGUGAUGAAGGAGUUAAUUCGCUUUGAUGAUGAAACUCAGAGAACGUUCCUGAAAGAGGUGAAGGUCAUGCGUUGUCUGGAUCACCCCAAUGUUCUGAAAUUCAUCGGCGUCCUCUACAAAGACAAAAGACUCAACUUCAUUGCAGAGUACAUAAAGGGAGGCACACUGAGGGAGAUCAUCAAGAAAAUGGACAGUAACUAUCCCUGGAACCAGCGGGUCAGUUUUGCCAAGGACAUAGCUGCUGGGAUGUCAUAUCUGCAUUCUAUGAACAUCAUCCACCGGGACCUGAACUCUCACAACUGUCUGGUCCGAGAGAACAACACAGUGGUGGUGGCAGACUUUGGGCUGGCGCGGCUCAUGGUGGACGAUAAGCAUGAAGCUAAGUUGUCACAGGGUCAGCUGUCAGGCCUGAAGAAGGUCGACCGCAGGAAGAGGUACACUGUGGUGGGAAACCCUUAUUGGAUGGCGCCUGAGAUGAUCCACGGGAAAAGCUAUGACGAGCGAGUAGACAUCUUUUCUUUUGGGAUCAUGCUUUGUGAGAUAAUUGGCAGAGUGAAUGCAGAUCCAGACUACCUCCCCCGGGCGGUGGACUUUGGUCUCAAUGUUUCUGGCUUCCUGGAGCACUACUGCCCCCCUGACUGCCCCCCUGCCUUCUUCCCCACAGCUUCUGUGUGCUGUGAUCUGGAUGCAGACAAACGGCCUGCUUUCUCCAAACUGGAGGAGUGGCUGGAGAACCUGAAGAUGCACUUGGACAUCGGCCUUCCCCUGGUGUCUGAACUGGACCAGCUGCACAAGGCCUUCUGGGAAAACCACAGUGUCACAUGCUCCAAGAACAGCCUGCACGUCCACCCUGAACAGCCAGAGUAGGACAGUCAGCACACAACGGGAUGUGUGCCAAUGUGUGAUGGUGGCCAUUGGUGCAGCGGCUGCAGGCUUGAGGCGGAGCCACUUUGCCUAAAGGGGAGGAGUCACGCAGUUACUCCUCCGCGUCCCGAGAAGCUGCAGAGCAUGCUCAGGCCUCAUUGAUGGACUUGGGGGGGGGAUGUGGGUAUAAAAAGCCACCUGUGUGAUGGGCACACACAUUCGAAAGUCAAAUCGAGAGACUUUUAUUACGGCGGCUUGAGUCUCCUGCACUGGGAGCUCCAGCAAAACAUGUCAUAAGCACUGAAAUGCGUACAUUUAAUAUUUGUGGUUACCCACCGAUACACUCACUGCACUUACGGGUUUUGGUUUGUUUUUGGUUUUUUGCCCCCUGUUGGUGAAAUAGUCCCCAAAAACAGCUGAGUCAUCUUCUUCCUCUGCACAGCACAUUUUGGUGUUUUUCUGGGCGUUUUGAUUCUGUCUAGAUAUCUGAUAUUAAGUUAUAGGAACUAAAGAGGAGACUCACAGGAGGAGAUCCACCCGCUGUCCAGUUGUACAAGUGAAGCUUUAAAUCUCUUCUAGAAGAGUGCAUGAGUAUAAAUAAUGCUGUGGGGUCCCACCCGCGCACAUAGUCUCCCUCUGGCCUCACGCGGGGGUGAACUGUUAGACCUUCUUUAGUGUGGUGCGGCUCCUCUCAUACAUUGUGUAGUACUGGCGUCUUCUUGAGGCACAACUCUUUGGUGUAAACAUGUUCUGUUGUCUCCCAGCAGCUGUUUUUAAGAGCGCUUUGCUUUCAUAUUGCUGUGGUGUUGAAACCAGACUCCUGCCACUGAAGUUGGCUGUGUUGUAAAUGUUUUAAAUAUUGUAAAUGUACAGACAUAUUUUGUAUAUUUAUGCUACAUAUUUUUAUUGGCUGAUGCAUUAAAGAGGGUAAAUAUUUGCAGUUAAGAGUUCAGACAAGACUUCUUUGUUUAUCCACUGUUGGGGUUUUUUUUGUUUGUUUUUUUGUUUGUUUUUUUAGAUUGUUUAUUGUGGCAGUAAUUUGGAUGAAAAGGAUUUUUGGCACCGUGAAGCUUCCUGUUAACUUUAGCUUGGCCUCAAUGUAAACCGCCUGAUCAGUGUUGCCAGGUCUGUGUAUAAUAAGAAGCAGGGGCUUGUUUACUGUAAAGUCACUUGUAAGAUUAUGGACUUUUGGGGUCUUGGUUCCAAACGUGCUUCACUUACAAUUGAGAUAACUCCCUACACCUGAAUAUUAAUGACUGAAAUUAAUUUGAUGUCAAUACAUUAAUGCAUUAACACUAUUCUUAAUGAGACAUUCUUUCGUUUUCAUCUGCCUGUCCAACACAGUUCUCAAAACCACAAAUUCCAUGACACAUAGCAAAAAGAACCACAAAAAUUCUAUUUAUUGGUACCUGGAAUGGCUAUUUCAGCCAAAUAUACAAUUUACAGUGGCAGAAUUUUUUUAUGGUAAUUUCUGCAUAAAUGAACAGUUUGUAGCAUUUUAAAAUAAACAUAAGAAAAAUGAAUGUCAUGCUUGCAUGAUGGCCACGUGGUAUCCCAAUAGUAAAUUGCAUGGAUUAGAAUGAUCACGUCGUCUUCCACAAAGAGAUUAUUAUGAAUUAAGUGCGUCUUGUGUAAUCACACAAUGUCAAAUUCCUAGCGGGGUUUUACAGUCCAAUUGCUUAUUGUUAAUAUUGCUAUUAUUGUUUUAUUAUACCCUUUUCUGCUUUUAUAUAUAGUGAUUGGAUUAUGAAUAAAAUUUUUGAGUGAAAUUGAACAGUUGUAGUACAUUGCUUUUUUUAUUAUUUGUUCCUCUUGCGCAAUCUGGCAACACUGAUCCUGCUACUCCCCCUGCUUUUCAUAAAAGUAUGCUGGAAAAUGGUCAUGAAACUGGUUGAUCAGAUUGCAAAAUCUCUUUGAACAAAAUCAGCGUUUUUGAAGUUAAAUCUGAUUAAACUGUCUGUUAUUUGCCGUCGUCUCACGUACUGUACAGUCGUUUUGGGUCGGUGAUAUGUCACUGUCUGCCUCAUUGUGUCAUCUGUCCACAGCUCUGUGAACAGCCCACUCUUUGUUUAUAUGUAAAUUCUCUCUGUACAUAAUACCGUGUGUAUAUAUACGACUGUGCGUUGCAUAACUCGCACUCCUCAGAAAUAAUCUCUCCCACUGUCGGCUCCGUGCUUUUGGAGAAUUAAUUUUUCAUCUAUAAUCUCAAAAUCUUUUUAAUCACAUGCUGUGUGGUGUGCCGCUUGAUCUGUUUGGCUUCAAAUCCAAGCUAUAAAUAUUGUGACUUUGUAAAAUGAAGACUUCUGAGGUGGGGAGUAAACUGAAAAAUGACAGCAUUGGUUUUUUUUAACCACUUUUUUUUUUUUUUUUUUUAAAUAAUAAAUCUGACUACGUUCCUUUGCACUAAUGUAUAUUAGUAAAUGGCCGUAGCCAUGUUUGUUGAUUUCUUCUCUUACUGAAUGAAAUGAAGUUGGUUCAGGUUGAUAAUAUGAAUGCAAGACACUGAUAGAGCCUUUCACCUGUAAAAAUGGGUUCUGGGAAACACAUCCUCUUGAUAACAAUGGCGACCACUUCAUAGUCAACUUUACUGAUAGGAUAUUUAGCUUUGAACAGCUGCAUCCACACGCAUCAUCACUUUUGUGGUCUUUGUCACCAUGACAAUGUGAUGUCCCAGCUCUGCCUGUUGCCUACAGACUGAUCCUUUGUGAAUGAUGUUACGACUGCUUGGAUGGUCUUGCUUUACUUUUAUUUUUUUCUUUGCACUUAACACGGGCUCGUCUCCGCCUCUUCGCUAUCACACUGUUUUGCCUCAGGGCCGUAAUUUUCUGGAGCUACUUCACAACUGAGUUAAUUCAGCAGACUAACAAGGAAAGCCGCAUUCAAAGACACAAGGGGGCAUGUGUGUUUGUGACCCUGUGUAAAGUGGUCCGUUUCUGAGCCGUGUUGGCAUGUUGUGUGUCGCCGAUCGGUAAGAAUGUCGCUGCAGUACUUCUUUGCAAAGGAUCGUUACCUCUGAACAAUGCUGUGCCUUUGUUGUAAGCUAGCCUUGCCAACGACUCAAAAUGUGUUCAUUUGAGCUGGUUCCCUUUUGGGGUUUUUUUGUUGUUUUUUUUAAGGCAUCAUAGCUGAUUCCAGUGGAGUGGUGAUCAUUGCUGAAACUGUUGUAUGAGAUUUUAUCUCGUUCUUUAUCACAUUUAUAUUUUCCUGGUCUGCAUUGUCUGUUUUUAUAUGUAUUUUUUGUCCUAAUUUAUUUUUUUACACAAGCUGUGAAAACAAUUCUGCACUUUAAUCCUUAACGUGACAUUAAAAAUCUGAGGAGGUGACUGUUUUGUUUUUUCCUCAAUCUCUUAUCACAGCUACAAAUAAAAUGUGCUCCUUUAAAGAU